GUUCGCAUUGUUGUUGUUGAUGGGGUCACAGUCAGCAGACCAUGCUGCUCGGUUCUUUACUGCUUUGAGUCUCUGCGGUCAGUAAAUGACUGCUUUUGUCAUUUGCAUAUGGCUGAGCAUGGGAACCAGUGCGCAAUCAUCAGCUGCACCAACAGUAUUACCCCAGGCAGCAAGACAUGUCAAGACCCAAACCACAAGGCUGUUGAGGCGCUGCACACCUUGUGUGGUCAAUCACAUUUCCAGCUUCGU